CCUCCUUAUGCAUCUUGCCAUCACAGCUACCACCGUCUUGCACACACCAUGUCCCGCAGCACGCAAUGGUCGUCGCAACUUCCACGCCAGGUGCCACACCAGCGCUCCAUAGACUACGACGCGUACCCCACAAUGCCCCGUGCUCCGCUCCCGCAGCUCACGCAUCUCCCUACGCUGGAUCGGUUCAAACAGAGCAGGCGCGAGCCUCGACCAAAAAAUUGCUAUUCCCACGGCAAGCGCGAGGCCCAACAACAACGCCCUGACCCUGGCUCCGACCUCGAUUUCAACGCCGACAGGAGACGUGUGGACUCUCCUCACACAAACCAUACGCGCGACGAUGCAGGUGACUCCCACCCAGUGGUGGCGUGGAGCUACGUGCCAUCCGGUACACCGUAUUUGAGCUUGGGAAAAAGAGUCGAAGGUGAGAGAGAAGUUGGGGUGCAGGAGGACUUGUAUGACGAGGAGGGUUUUCUGAUCGAGGAAGAGAGUCUGACAUCGACGGGGAGCGCCGAACUUCUUCGUGACAGGCAGGCGUCGGGGCACCCACCAGUGCCAUACGGACAGCAGACUCACAGCACACUUACCCGGCCAGAGAGAGCUCCAACGGCGAACCUCGCAUGGUGGCAAAAGAAGCCGCGGCCACGGACAGCGCCCAGGAAGACCACUGCGCGGCGCAAUGUCUCGCAGUUCAGCUUCGACCAAGACGAUGCCGAGGAGGCGGUCAUGUGUACCCGGGCCGUCGUCGACGCGGAGAAAAAGCGCAGACAGCGGCAGGUGUGGCUCGGUCUCGCUACCUGCGAUCUGGCGCUGGACAAACGCGUAUUCGGAAGCGUGCAGCCUCCUGAACUCGACUAUGUGAGUGGCGUAGAUACCUCUGGCGUACACCCAGAACGGAGUUACCUCCCACCUGACCACCCUGAUGGCCUGCGCCGGCGGCUCCGCAACCAGGAAGUGGCGCUCCACGGUGUUCCAUCACACUGGGAGCGGCUCGUACAGAGGCAAGCCAUGGUUCCGCAGGAUAGCUGGGAGCACGUACAGUUCGAAGCCGAGUCGUCACAUCCGCUAGCCGUAAUGUUCGGUACCGCAGACGAGCGGGCGGAGUGGCUGGGGGACCCAACAAGCGCAAUGGGUGGAACGCAAGGGUCCGUUCCAGUUGGCUAUUGUGACCAGUGCUCGUCGCUCCAUGUUGGUCGGCUCACCAACGCGCAGGACAGCGUUAUUGAAGGGUUUGAGCAGGUGAAUGCGACUGAACUAGACGGCGAGGCUGAGAAGCCCAAAGCUUCGGUAAACGAGACAGCGACUGAUGAUGAGGGACGAUAUGAUGAGAGUCGGGCGUCUUGGUGCUGGCCGUUUCGCUGUAUGAGAGACGAACUGGCAGACAGCGAGAAAGUGAAGCCUUGCGGUUCGAAACUCACGACGCAGAGGAAGAAGCCAUGCAAACUUCCUCGCGGGAUGCGAUGAAAGGAACACAUACGAGCAAAGGCUGAAUGACUACCGAAAUGAUACUUCCCUGUGCCAAGUCUAAAGUAAGAAUUAUAUGUACGACAC